GAAAAGUAUGGUUCUCGGUAAUUGAAGUUAAUUCAAAGCCGAAUUAUUAAUUUAAAUUUACUACAUUUAAUAACUCAAUAAUAGUUUGUCGUAGAUAAAAUAGAAACGAUAUUGUUCAAAUGACGAAUAAAAAUGAUUUGCUUGCUGUUCUUCAGGUUCUCAAAAAGUAUAAUCUUAAAGGAACUGAAACAAUUCUGAAACAAGAAGCAAAUCUAACUGAUCUACCAGAAAACUUCAAUCACGAUGCGUCUGAUAGUGUUCUACAAGCUUAUCAAAGCGAAGGAGAUCCCAAUUCUUACGAGUCUUGUUAUAUAGAACUUCUUAAGUUUGUGGAUUCGUCUCUGGAUAUUUAUAAGUAUGAGCUGAGUAUGAUAUUGUAUCCUGUUUUCGUUCAUAUGUACAUCGAAUUGGUUUAUAAUGGGCAUGAAGAACAAGCUAAAAAGCUAAUGAAAAAGUUUGGUCCUGAACAAGAGUAUUAUUAUCAAAGUGAUCUUAAAAAGCUUGAAAUGAUCACAAAACGUGACCAAAUGAGUGGUAACGAUUUGACAGACACUUUCAAGUCCAAUGAAUUUAUCAUCAGAAUUUCAAGGGACACUUUGAGUCUUCUUAAACGUCAUCUUCAAGAGAAAAAAGCGAGUGUUGUUAUGAACAUUGUCAAUGAACAUCUUUACUUUGAUUUGUAUGAGGGUGUUGCCAGGAAUAAGAAACAAUGUGACGCUACAGCCGGUGCAAUUUUGGGCGAAGCAAGACGUCAAGAUAACAAAGUGAAAGUUUAUUACGGACUUUUGAAAGAAACUGACUUUCAGCAAAUGACAACUCAAGCUCCGCCUCCUGAAGAAGAUGAUGAUGAAGGUCCAGAUAGUGAUAAACCAAAGAAAAAGAAACAAAAAAAAGAUUCUCUUUUCUCAAAAAAAUCCAAAACAGACCCGAAUGCUCCUUCAAGUGAUCGAAUUCCAAUUCCACAGUUGAGAGACAACGACAAGGCAGAAAAAAUUAGAGCAUUGCGUGAGGCUCAAAAACGUGUCAAUUUAGGUCCUGAUAAUCUCCCAUCUGUUUGUUAUUAUACGUUAUUGAACUCGAUUUAUUCAGUAACAAGUGCAGAAAUAAGUGAAGAUUCAAGUCUGCUGGCGAUUGGAUUUUCUGAUUCCACAAUUAAAAUUUGGUCUUUGACGCCUUCAAAAUUACGAGAAUUAAAGCCAGCUGAAAUGCUAAAAGAAAUUGACCGUGAUGUUGACGAUGUUCUUGUUCGAAUGAUGGACGACAGAAAAGCUGAAACUUCAAGAGUAUUCCAUGGUCAUACCGGUCCAGUUUAUCGCUGUUCAUUUACAUUUGACAGAUCAUUACUUUUAUCUUGUUCUGAAGAUUCAACGAUAAGAUUGUGGUCACUCCAAACAUGGAGCUGUUUGGUUGUUUAUAAAGGUCAUUUAAAUCCAGUUUGGGACGUAAAGUUUUCACCUCAUGGACAUUACUUUGUAAGCUGUUCCCAUGACAAAACUGCUCGAAUUUGGACAACAGAUUCUCAUCAACCUUUAAGAAUAUUCACAGGACAUCUAGCUGAUGUAGAUUGUUGUGUUUUUCAUCCCAAUUCCAAUUAUGUUGCAACUGGUUCGAGUGAUCGAACCGUUCGUUUAUGGGAUGUUCUUUCAGGAAACCACGUUCGACUAAUGACAGGGCAUAAAGGUCCAAUUUAUUCACUUGCCUUCUCAAUUGAUGGCCGUUACUUAGUAUCAGGUUCUUCUGAUACAAGAGUAUUGGUGUGGGAUCUUGCUCAUGGUCAUUUAAUAGCUUCACUCGAGGGACAUACAUCAACGAUUCAUUCCCUUUGUUUUAGUCGUGAUGGAACAAUCUUAGCAACGGGGGCGUUGGAUUGUAAUUUAAAUAUUUGGGACUUUUCUAAGCUGUGCGAUGAUCUCGUUGGUGAGAACGUCAAUGUUUCUCAUAAUCCCGACGUAAAGAAAGGUGAACAAUAUUUAUUACGAACUUUCCCCACCAAACAAUCUCCAUUUUUAACUCUGCAUUUUACACGACGUAAUCUACUUUACGGUGUGGGAAUGUUUGAGAGUAAUUAAUUGCUAUAAUUUUACAAACACCUAAAAUUUCACAAACAACACAAAAACAUUUUAUAAGAUUUGUAGUGAAGCAUUUAAAGAUGGAGUUUACUUGAAAUCUUUGUAAAUUUAAAAUUACAAGAGAGAAAUAAAUUAAGUUUAAUUUUGUACGUUUUA